UUGGCUAUGGUUUUUAAAAUUCAAAGCCACCCCCCAAAACGCAAAAUCUCAAAAAUAAGAAACCCAAAAACGCAACGAGCGCCAAAGUCUCCUCCUUUCAAAAACAAAAUCAUGGCGCUCCCUCCUCUUCUCUCUCCGCCACUACAAAACCUCUCCCCCCCUCACACUCGCAGACCCCUCUCCACCCCCCCUCUCUCUCACUCCAAACCCAAAACGAGGCAACUGACUCGGUGAGUGAGAAGAGUAAAAUGAAUUCAAUUUCAGAGAAAGAGAACUGUGUCCGCAUUACUCGCGCUGCCAAAAAGAGGGCGGCGGCGCUGGCUUCAGCCGAGGACCGGCCCUUGAAUAAGAAGAGGGUUGUGUUGGGAGAACUUCCCAACUUAUCGAACACCACCGUUUCAGUGAAUGAGGUACAUAAGCAGAAAGCAAAGACAAAGUCAAAUACCAGCAAGAGGACUUUAACGAAGAAGGAGGGUGUUUUCAAAGAGGAUGUUGAUGGGAAACCUGAAGAUCCCCAAAUGUGUGCACCAUAUGCAUCUGAUAUUUAUGAGUAUCUUCAUAAAAUGGAGGUGGAUCCAAAAAGAAGGCCUUUGCCUGAUUACAUUGAGAAGGUUCAAAAAGAUGUUAGCCCCAAUAUGAGAGGGAUUUUGGUGGAUUGGUUGGUUGAGGUUGCGGAGGAGUACAAGAUUGUCUCUGACACUUUGUAUCUUACUGUUUCUUACAUUGAUAGAUUCUUGUCUUUCAAUGUUCUAAAUAGGCAGAGACUUCAGCUUCUUGGUGUUUCUGCUAUGCUUAUUGCCUCAAAGUAUGAAGAAAUCAACCCUCCAAAUGUAGAAGAUUUUUGCUACAUAACAGAUAAUACGUACACCAAGGAAGAGGUGGUUAAAAUGGAAGCUGAUAUACUUAAAUCUUUGAAAUUUGAAGUGGGAAAUCCUACAAUAAAGACACUCUUAAGGAGAUUCACAAGGGCAGCACAAGAGGAUUACAAAACUUCGGAUUUGCAGUUUGAGUUCCUGGGAUUUUACCUUGCCGAGUUGAGCUUGUUGGAUUACAAUUGUGUGAAAUAUCUACCUUCUUUGGUGGCUGCUUCUGUUAUUUUUCUUACAAGAUUUCUGAUGCGACCCAAGACACAUCCUUGGAGUUCAACCUUGCAACAAUACACUGGAUACAAAGCAACGGAUCUAAAGGAUUGUGUUCUCAUCAUACAUGACUUGUAUUUGAGUAGAAGAGGGGGUGGGUUACAAGCUGUAAGAGAAAAAUAUAAGCAGCAUAAGUUCAAGUGCGUGGCGAACAUGCCUUCCCCUCCAGAGAUACCAGCUUUAUAUUUUGACGAGGUUUAAAUGCAAAAGUUGGCCCGGCAAUUUAAUGUUUUGGGAUAUGGCAAGUGAUGGAAAUUGAUACUGCCUGAGGAAGGCCUAGAAGCGAGAAUUUGUAAUGCAAAAGUCAUGGCAUUUUGGAUUUACUAUAAAAUCUUGAUUGAUGUUUGGGGCCUCCUGGAAGUCAAUUUUUGGCCAUGUGGAAUGAAUUAUUGUGGUUCCACAUGCUCGUUCUUGUAGUUCUGAUCCCUAGGACUUUUAUCCGGAGUGUGAACGACAUUGUUAAAACCAGCAGCUGGGUAACUGUGCUAUUGCUGACUCUUCUCACUGGUAGAAUAGUUGAAUUUGCCAGGGAAGUCCUGUGAAUAAUGAAAUUUUGUUUUUGGUUCUAAUAUUGAAUGCUAAAUGGCCAUUAUGAAA